AUGGGCAUGAAUUGAUGGAGGAAACUGAAUGGGAUUCAAGUCUUAUCUUAUACGGAGUUACUCCUCUAUAAAAUGUCCAUUCGAAUGGAGACGAUGAAGGCAGAGAGGCUAGCACAGUAUCCUGCGAUGAAGUUCUCUUCUUGGUUGUCUUCCCUGCAGCUGCAGGCCAUGUGCGCGCUGAUGGCGAUCCUCGUGGCCAUCACCGUCUCCUGCUCCGUCGUCGUCCACUGCUCCAAGGUUGAUGAAGAAGACUCCAACGCCCCCAUCCAUGGUGCUCCCGUAGCUCAUCAUCAUCUGGACGGAGGUCGCCGGGGCUUGGCGCCGCCGCCGCCGCGCGGCGGCCCCCCGCGCGCGUACUUCAUCGUGCCGCCACCCCCGCCUCCACAGCGGCGCCGCGUUUAGCACCUGACCCGGAAGAUGGGACGGAUCGGAGCUUGAAGCAACGCCAGCGAUUAGUGUCGUUGGCGGUGGAUUGGCGAUGACGAUCCCUCGUCACGUUGUUUGGUUAGUUCGGCAUCCGGUGGUGUCACUAUGGCCAAUAUCAAUGUAAAUGUUACAGGAGUAUAGUAAUAAAUGUUACAUCGUAUCAGCAAAUUAGCUAAUAUGAUAGAAUCGUUUAUGAGGAAAGAGAAUGAUAAGUUUUAUAGAACUAGGAUUAUACCCGUGCGUUGCUACGAGCAACGAAAGGGCAGCCAAUGCAAUACAUAAAUAUUAAACAAACUAGUAAGAUGGCCCGUGCAAAUAGCGUGGGUAUCUAAUUUUUAUAUAUGCUAAUUUUAAGGCUGCUUUUGCCUUCAAGUUAAAUUUACUCAAGUAAAUUUGUUUCCUAGUUUUAUUGUCAUUGUUUUUCCUAAAUCGCUAAGGUCAACGUAUCAUCCUUUUACCAUCAUAUUUCAUGGCACAAAACAUGAAUAUGAUAAAGGGAACAUCCUUUUAUGUGUCUGGAUUAUUUUUAAUAUUUUAGAUUAAAAAUAUUAAAAAAU